UUCACUCACGAGCCUACACUACUUUUCCCGUCAUGGCGUCCCGUGCCCUGCAAAAAUGUGUCCGCUCUCUCGCCCGACCAUCGCUGCGGCUUCUGUCCGCUAACUUGGCAAUGAGAGCCGCUCCGAUCCCUGCGGCAGCUGCUCUCCGACCUCUCUCUUUCGCCGCAGCCAGCCGGAGGACGCGCUGGCUCUCCCAGAACCCCAUCUCCUCAGGCGUUCUAUGCAGGCAAUACGGCGACCUGCCUCCCCUCACUCUUGAGACCAUCAAAGAUCGCGUCAUCUAUGUCCUCAAGCUCUACGACAAGAUUAACCCCGAGAAGCUGGAGACGACCUCCCACUUUAUGAAAGACUUGGGUCUGGACAGCCUGGACCAAGUGGAGAUCAUUAUGGCCAUGGAGGAUGAGUUUGGCUUUGAGAUUCCCGACGCAGAAGCAGAGAAGUUGAUGACUCCUUCGGAGAUCGUACAGUACAUCGCAAACAAGAAGGAUGUGUAUGAAUAGAAUAGAAAUAAAAAUCCACUAGAGUGUCACAUCGUUCAACCUUCACAGCAAGACAUCACCAAAUGUGUCCACGUCCUGUACUCGUGGUGUUAUCGGGAUCUGCUCCUGCUGCAGUCUUGCGUUUGUAUUUAAAUGAACAGCUGAAAUAAAAUGUCUUUGUUGCUUCCCCCCCCCCCCAUUCCACACAUUUGUAAUUCUUUUGAGUUGAUCAAUAAAGAAAUCAUCUCGGUGUAAAA